AUGGCAACUAUUCACGACACCUUCGAAAUACUGCUGGACAACCACGGUGACAUACUGGGCAGUCAAGUAGCACUAAUUCACUCCAACACAUCCGUGACGUAUGAUGAAGUAAACCGUUCCGCAAACCGUUUGGCGAGAGCGAUUGUUUGCCUAGUUCAACGUCUUCGAGAAAAAAGAUCCAAGAAACUUCGCAGGAAAUCCUGCACGGAGCAGCAGGAAACCAACGAAUUUAUAGUUGGCGUGAGUUUGGAACCCAGUCACGGCCUGGUCACGGUCAUGCUGGCAGUUCUAAAGGCUGGAGGCGCCGUUUUGCCAAUUGACGGGGAUUACCCCGCUGCUGUUGCUCGCCACAUGAUUCGGUCAGCCAGACCCGCCAUUGUCGUGGUCGACAUCAAAUGCGAGUGGCAAUCCCGAAUAAUGGACGAGUUCGUCACCGUGGUUCAAUUCGAAUCCCUGGUUGAGGCGUCCGUGGCGCAGGAUUCCAUCGACUUGACGGAUCCCGAAGGACUCCUUGCCUUCGCUGCCGAAGAGAACCAGGAGGAAAAGAAUUACCCGUCUUAUCCACCGCACGGGGAUCGACUGGCUUUUGUCAUGUUCACUUCUGGAAGCACUGGGCUGCCCAAAGGCGUCUUGCUGUCGCACUCCGCAAUAAUGAAUCGCCUCAACUGGCAAUGGAACCGAUUCCCUUUUCUGAAAACUGAAGUCUGUUGCUUCAAAACGAAGAUUACUUUCGUGGAUGCGAUCGCCGAGAUUUUCGGUCCUCUGCUCAAGGGCGUACGCCUCGUGGUUUUCAAACGAUCCACGGUUCGCAACGUGGAGUCUUUCGUUUCCUCGUUAGAAGCAGCUGGGAUUAGUCGGAUCGUUCUGGUUCCUUCCCUGCUGCGAGCGAUUCUCAAGCAGGUCCGAAUUCUGAAAGUCGCUCGCGCUUCGAGUUGCAACGGCAUUCCAUUGCAAAAACUCACCUUGUGGAUUUGCUCCGGCGAGGUGCUGCCCGCGUCCCUGGGCACACACUUCUUCCAAACCCUCGCUGUUGGCCGAUCCGCGGGUCGCCGAAUAUUAUGCAAUUUUUACGGAACUACGGAAGUUGCCGGUGACGUGAUGUACGAGACAUUCGAAUCCUCCGAAGUGUUUCAAAGCAAAUUGCACGUCGGACAAGUGCCUCUCGGGUUCGCCUUGGACAACACUCGAAUAUACCUGGUGGAUGUUGACGGACAGCAUUUGGUACCCGAAGGAAGAGAAGGAGAAAUUUGCGUGGCAGGCUUCAACGUGGCCAAAGGGUACCUCAUGGGACGCGGGAAACAGUUCGUUGAUAACCCCUUCUCUUCUGAACCAGGUUACACGGUUCUUUUCCGAACUGGAGACAUCGGUCGCUGUGUUGGUGAUCAGGUCCUGUUUUGCGGUCGGAAAGAUGGAAUGGUCAAAAUUAGGGGACAAAAAGUGCACGUGGAAGAAAUCGAGGGAGCAUUUCGUGGAAUCGAUGGCGUUGACAGAGCAAUUGUUGUUUGUCGUCAAAGGGACGAUGCUGAUCCGGACAAGAAACCUUUCUCUCUGGUAUCGAAUUUAUAUCUGGCAGAUCUUUUAAUUCAAAAGCAUCUGAUCGUCGGAUUUUACACGACGGAAGAUAAUGACCUGAGCGAGGCGAAAGUAAAGGACAUUUUGCGCCUCAAAAACCGUUCGAUAGCUCAGGCUGAUGUUGAGAUUGACGACAGAAUGCUGUUCGCCUACGGAGACGAACACGUUCGGAAAGCUGCGAAGGCCGUUUUGAAAGCCGUCGGCAAGAUUAUGGGACCCUCCGCGAUUUGCAAGGCGACUCCGAACAACUCGUUUUUCUGUAUUGGAGGAAAUUCGUUGAAUGCUAUUGAGUUUCUUAUUGUCAUGGAGAAUCUCGGAUUCAAGUUAGUGCUGGAUGAAAGUGCCAAAAUUGUCGGACUUUCAUUGAACUACGAUUUUUCACGUCAAAUCCACGCUUCUUUGAGACCAGGAGUCGUUCGUUACAUGGUCGAAUUGAUGUCAUGGCUUGAACUCACUAUGAGACACAAGGUGCCUUCGGAAUCCGGGAAAGUGAUGUCAAAUAUGUGGCUUUCUGCUGAUCCAGAGCUUGGACCAGCUCUAGCUGUCGGUGUCAUGGAAAGUUUAGAAGCUGGCAACGUCGAGGUUGCGAGAGUGAAUGAAUUCGAGUACAUCGUGACGUACAACAUUAAUCCCGUCUCUCAGCAAUUGGCAAGAAUUCUGGGGUAUGAAAUAAUCGAGCAGCGGAUGUGCAACCAGUUUGUGAGCUCCGACGGAUCUAAACCUUUCGUCUGCAUUCCCAACAAAGUUUCAGUGGAGGCAGCCAUCUUGAGUUUUGGACAGGAUUCAAACCCUUAA